GCAUCUGCCCUGUGGUUGUGUUCCAGCCAUGAAUGCCUACUCCAAGGAGAUGGUGCCUCUCAUGGGCAGGAGAGUUGCUGCCCCCGGUGGGAACCCUGCCGUCCUGACAGAGAAGAGGCCGGCGGAGACCACCCCCACAAAGAAGAGUGCGCACUUCUUCCUGGAGAUAGAGGGGUUCGAGCCCAACCCCACAGUGGCCAAGACCUCUCCCCCUGUCUUCUCCAAGCCCAUGGACUCCAACAUCCGGCAGUGCAUCUCUGGCAACUGUGAUGACAUGGACUCCCCCCAGUCUCCUCAGGAUGAUGUGACAGAGACCCCAUCCAAUCCCAACAGCCCCAGUGCACACCUGGCGAGGGAAGAGCAGAGGAGAAGGAAGCGGCGGCUGAAGAAGCGCAUCUUCGCGGCGGUGUCCGAGGGCUGCGUGGACGAGCUGCUGGAGCUGCUGGCGGAGCUGCAGGAGCUUUGCAGGCGGCGCCGCGACCACGACGUGCCUGACUUCCUCAUGCACAAGCUGACGGCCUCAGACACGGGGAAGACCUGUCUGAUGAAGGCCUUGUUAAACAUCAACCCCAACACCAAGGAGAUUGUGCGGAUCCUGCUUGCCUUUGCCGAAGAGAACGACAUGCUGGGCAGGCUCAUCAACGCCGAGUACACAGAGGAGGCCUACGAAGGGCAGACGGCGCUGAACAUCGCCAUCGAGCGGCGGCAGGGGGACAUCACGGCGCUGCUCAUCGCCGCCGGCGCCGACGUCAACGCCCACGCCAAGGGGGCCUUCUUCAACCCCAAGAACCAGCACGAGGGCUUCUACUUCGGCGAGACGCCCCUGGCCCUGGCGGCGUGCACCAACCAGCCCGAGAUCGUGGAGCUGCUGAUGGAGCACGAGCGCACCGACAUCGCCUCCCAGGACUCGCGGGGCAACAACAUCCUCCACGCCCUGGUGACCGUGGCCGAGGACUUCCAGACGCAGAACGACUUCGUGAAGCGCAUGUACGACACGAUCCUGCGGCGCAGCGGCAGCUGGGAGCUGGAGACCACGCGCAACAACGACGGCCUCACGCCGCUGCAGCUGGCGGCCAAGAUGGGCAAGGCAGAGAUCCUGAAGUACAUCCUGAGUCGUGAGAUCAAGGAGAAGCGGCUCCGAAGCCUGUCCAGGAAGUUCACGGACUGGGCGUAUGGACCCGUGUCGUCCUCGCUGUACGACCUCACCAACGUGGACACCACCACAGACAACUCCGUGCUGGAAAUCACUGUCUACAACACCAACAUCGACAACCGGCACGAGAUGCUGACCCUGGAGCCGCUGCACACGCUGCUACGAAUGAAGUGGAAGAAGUUUGCCAAGUACAUGUUCUUUCUGUCCUUCUGCUUUUACUUCUUCUACAACAUCACCCUGACCCUGGUCUCAUACUACCGCCCCCGGGAGGACGAGGCCCUCCCGCACCCCUUGGCCCUGACCCACAAGAUGGGGUGGCUGCAGCUUUUGGGGAGGAUGUUUGUACUCAUCUGGGCCACGUGCAUCUCUGUGAAAGAGGGCAUUGCCAUCUUCCUGCUGAGACCCUCAGAUCUGCAGUCCAUCCUCUCGGAUGCCUGGUUUCACUUUGUCUUUUUUAUUCAAGCUGUGCUUGUGAUACUGUCUGUCUUCUUGUACUUGUUUGCCUACAAAGAGUACCUCGCCUGCCUCGUGCUGGCCAUGGCCCUGGGCUGGGCGAACAUGCUCUACUACACGCGGGGAUUCCAGUCCAUGGGCAUGUACAGUGUCAUGAUCCAGAAGGUCAUUUUGCAUGACGUUCUGAAGUUCUUGUUCGUAUAUAUCGUUUUUUUGCUUGGAUUUGGAGUAGCCCUGGCCUCGCUGAUCGAGAAGUGUCCCAAAGACAACAAGGACUGCAGCUCCUAUGGCAGCUUCAGCGACGCAGUGCUGGAACUCUUCAAGCUCACCAUAGGCCUGGGCGACCUGAACAUCCAGCAGAACUCCAAGUAUCCCAUUCUCUUUCUGUUCCUGCUCAUCACCUAUGUCAUCCUCACCUUUGUUCUGCUCCUCAACAUGCUCAUUGCCUUGAUGGGAGAGACUGUGGAGAAUGUCUCCAAGGAGAGCGAGCGCAUUUGGCGCCUGCAGAGAGCCAGGACCAUCUUGGAAUUUGAGAAAAUGUUACCAGAAUGGCUGAGGAGCAGAUUCCGGAUGGGGGAGAUGUGUAAAGUGGCCGAGGAAGAUUUCCGACUGUGUUUGCGGAUCAAUGAAGUGAAGUGGACUGAAUGGAAAACACACGUCUCCUUCCUUAACGAAGACCCGGGGCCUGGGAGGCGAACAGAUUUCAACAAAAUCCAAGAGUCUUCCAGGAACAACAGCAAAACCACUCUCAAUGCGUUUGAAGAAAUAGAGGAAUUCCCAGAAACGUCGGUGUAGAAGCGUCACCCACAGCUGGUGUGUGCGUGGGCUGUCUGGUGCUGCAGGCGGAGUCACGGAUGUGCUGAGGGCUUUGAGGAGUGGUGGAACCUGGCUCUGCUGGCCUAGACGUAGAACACACCCUCAUGCUGAGUGGGUAUCUGGACUGAAGGGCAGUUGGCGGUUUGUCUGAGUGGGAAACAUCCUAAAUUUUGUUAUUUGGCAAAAAGCUUGUGUAAACCCACAGCCAGCCACAGUCCGGAGCCUCGGACACCCCUAAAGUUCUGGGUGAAGCCUCUGGUUUUACCAAUUGCAGGUCGGCUUGGCUGGGAGAGGUGGGUGGCAGGGAAGGGGCCUUGAAGAGCGGGGAGAGGAGGCUUUCCUCCUGCCAGCUUCCCCGUGUCAGCCCUGGCCCCAGUCCACACAUUCUACCAUCUCACAGGGUUGCCUGAAUUUGUGGGAGACCCUUGAUCCCAUCCCAGAAUGUGCAAGGGACGAGGUAAGCCAGAUAUCCUGGGAGAGGAGGGGAGUGAGCUUUGGAAAUGACCUUCGGGAACUCUUCAGGGAAAAGGAAGCCAUCCUUGGAGUGAGCAUCCCCUGAAACCCCAAGGAUCAAACUGUCUCAAAUGGAGAGAUGUUUUUAGUAGCAUAAUUGACACAGGGUUUAUGUUCAGUAUGGAAAAGACAUUUCAGUUAAGAAUGAACAUUACUACAAUGAAGUAUUGAUUUUAAAAGUGGAGACAGAUCAGGGGCUUUCGGGCUGGAUGUAAGUAAAUAUAUCUGGCCUCAGGGUUGGCAGAGCAAGACAAAAAGCUUUUCUUCACACACACAAAAGUCUGCGUGAGAGGCGUGGGGCAGGUCCUGCCGGGCCGCCGCGAUCUGGGUGAAAGGGCCUGGCUCUUUUCCUUGUCCCCGGCCUUGCCGCAGCGCACGCCCCCGCACUGGGAUCCUGGCUUCCGCAGAAGCAGAAAUAGCAGCUGCUCCGUCUCUACCAUGUUAGAGCUCAGGACGUCUCAGUGGGGGAAUUUAACAAAACGCCUGAACUGCUUUGGUACAAAGUUUUGUGUUUUUUUUUAACUGUGAAUUUUGAAGCUGAAGGGGAAGCUUGUGAGAGAGAAACAUUUGCCAAGACUUUGGGCUUAUUUUUAGGUCCUCAUCCUCUGAUGUCCUCCCUUGGAAAUGACACGGAGUCAGUCUGGGGGCAGAGGGGAAGUGGAGACGGAAGGAUUUUCCGGGUAACUGGGGCCUAAGCCGCUAGAAAAUCUCCUCUGCUCCCAUUAUCUGGUGAAAGGAUUCAUGUAAAAAUUACAAAAAUAGUAACAUAAGUUUUAUAAGAAAUAGAAAUUUGGCCUCUGGAUGACAUGGCAAUUGACGAGUUAAUCUGGUUUGAGGCAGAUUGAGGAGUCCAGGCCUGGCAGUGCACUUGGGACGAGUUUCUCUGCUCUGGGCCACUCCAUGUGCCAGACUAGCUGAGCAGGUGGAGACUCAGCCUCCGUGCCCCUAAUGGGGCUGGUUGGGGAGAGGGGGUCUGGGGUGUGAGAGGCGUCACAACCCCAGCAGCCCCUGUCCUCCCAGCUGACUUAGGGAGGAACCACGUGCUCUGAGCCUCAGCGGUCAGACCAGGCUCUGAGGGGGAACGGGGCUGGGCAUGGGCCCCUGGAGAAGAGAAGAUUGGAGGGGGCCUGUCCUGAGGCAGAAGGAGCAGAUGCAUUCUAGAAUGGGCAGAACUAGUCAACUGAGGAGGACUUCGGCUCAAUCCAACCCAGCAACUGGUCCAGAUAUUGGAGAUCUUUAAGCAAAAGCUGGUUGAGCACUUCAUGAGGCAUGUGGUUGAAAACGGUCAUUGGAUGAAGUGUAAGGUCCCUUUAGCCUAGAGAGUCUGCCGAUCAGCAUUCCACAGGUGGAGUCAGCUACCUCUGUUAAGCCCGAACAGACCUCUUGUUUGAAAGGAAGUGGUUUGGAUCCAUGGUGCCGGGUUCUACACCACUGAGCUGGGAAUUCCAGAACUGCUUUACUCAGAUGUUAAUGGAUAAAGCCAUACCCACUAACGGAUGAGGUUAUCUGUUAUGGAUAAAGCCAUAUCCAGAAUUGCUUUGACUCAGAUAUUAAUGGAUAAAGCCAAUGAUUGAUUUCUAUUUGCCUAACCUGCCAGCUUGUGUCCAAGUGAGAAAUGGAGAGCCACAGGGAUCUUUGUCAUCUCGCAUUAUGGAGCGCUGCUCUCUGUGGCUCUGGAUGGAAUUUGUUGGCAAGACCCUUUUCUUUUCUCUUUUCUCCCUUCCUUCCCUCCAUCCUUCCCUCUUUCCUUCCCUCC